AUGGCCGCGCGUGUCGGCCUCCUGCUGCGCGCCCUGCCGCUGCUGCUGUGGGGCGGUCUGCACGCCCAGCUCGCCCAGCGCGUAGGCCAGGAGCUGCGCAGGGAGGCGGAGGCAUUCCUGGAGAAGUAUGGGUACCUCAGUGAACCCAUCCCCAGUAGUCCCGCCUCCACGCGAUUCAGCAAUGCCAUCAGGGAGUUCCAGUGGGUGUCCCAGCUGCCCAUGAGCGGGGUGCUGGAUGCCGCCACGCUGCGCCAGAUGACGCAGCCCCGCUGUGGGGUGGCAGAUACCGACAGCCAGGUGGCCUGGACCAAGAAAGUCAGUGCCCUAUUUACUGGACGUCGGGCCAAAAUGAGGCGUAAGAAACGCUUUGCCAGGCAAGGCAACAAAUGGUACAAGCGGCAUCUCUCCUACCGCCUGGUGAACUGGCCCCAGCACUUGCCUGAGCCGGCAGUUCGGGGGGCCGUGCGCGCCGCCUUCCAGCUGUGGAGCAACGUCUCGGCGCUGGAGUUCUGGGAGGCCCCGGCCACAGGCCCCGCAGACAUCCGCCUCACCUUCUUCCAAGGGGACCACAACGACGGGCUGAGCAACGCCUUCGAUGGCCCAGGCGGCGCCCUGGCGCACGCCUUCCUCCCCCGCCGCGGCGAAGCGCACUUCGACCGCGACGAGCGCUGGUCCCUGAGCCGCCGCCGUGGGCGCAACCUGUUCGUGGUGCUGGCGCAUGAGAUCGGCCACACGCUCGGCCUGACCCACUCGGCCGCGCCGCGCGCGCUCAUGGCGCCCUACUACAAGAGGCUGGGCCGCGACGCGCUGCUCAGCUGGGACGACGUGCUGGCCGUGCAGAGCCUGUAUGGGAAGCCCCAGGGCGGCUCAGGGGCCAUCCAGCUCCCCGGAAAGCUGUUCACGGACUUUGAGGCCUGGGACCCCCACAGACUCCAAGGAAGGCGCCCCGAAACCCGAGGUCCUAAAUAUUGCCACUCUUCCUUCGAUGCAAUCACUGUAGAUGGGCAACAUCGACUGUACAUAUUUCAAGGGAACCAGUUCUGGGAGGUGACAGCUGAUGGCAACGUCUCAGAGCCCCACCCACUACAGAAAAGGUGGGCAGGGCUGCCCCCCCAUAUUGAGGCUGCCGCGGUGUCAUUGGAGGAUGGAGACUUCUACUUCUUCAAAGGGAGUCGAUGCUGGAGGUUCCAGGGCCCCAAGCCAGUGUGGGGCUCCCCACAGCUGUGCCGGGCAGGGGGCCUGCCCCCCCACCCGGAUGCUGCCCUCUACUUCCCUCCUCUGAGUCGCCUCAUCCUCUUCAAGGGCACCCGCUACUACGUGCUGGCCCGAGGGGGGCUGCAGGUGGAGCCCUACUACCCCCGAGGCCUGCAGGACUGGGGCGGUGUCCCUGAGGAGGUCAGCGGCGCUCUGCCCAGGCCCGACGGCUCCAUCAUCUUCUUCAGAGACGACCGUUACUGGCGCCUCGACCAGGCCAAACUUCGAGCAACGCCCUCGGGCCGCUGGGCCACAGAGCUGCCCUGGAUGGGCUGCUGGCACGCCAACUCGGGGGGCACCCUGUUCUGA